UGGUUCCGGGGGUGAGUUGGGCCCUCUCUGAAGGCACAUUGAAAGAAGCUCAGAGUAAGCCCUACUACUCCGAUUAUUCCCCAACCCGCCUGCUCAUCCACAAGAUGUGCACCAGCCACUACCUGGACCUGUUCAUCACCAUUGUCAUAGGACUGAACGUCAUCACCAUGUCCAUGGAGCACUACCAGCAGCCCAAGGAGCUGGAUGAGGCUCUGAAGAUCUGCAACUACAUCUUCACCCUCAUCUUUGUCCUGGAGUCAGUCUUCAAGCUGGUGGCCUUCGGCUUCCGUCGCUUCUUCAAGGACAAGUGGAACCAGCUGGAUCUGGCCAUCGUUCUGCUGUCCAUCAUGGGCAUCACUCUGGAGGAGAUCGAGGUCAACGCUUCGCUGCCCAUCAACCCCACCAUCAUCCGCAUCAUGAGGGUCCUGAGGAUCGCACGAGUGCUGAAGCUGUUGAAGAUGGCCGUUGGAAUGCGAGCUUUGCUGGACACCGUUAUGCAAGCCCUGCCUCAGGUGGGGAAUCUGGGUCUGCUCUUCAUGCUUCUGUUCUUCAUUUUUGCAGCCCUGGGAGUGGAGCUGUUUGGUGACCUGAGUAAGAGCACAGACACGUAUAUUCAAGCGGUGGGGGAGAAAAUGACAGGAUCUAUCAGCUGUGUUCAGCAGACUAACACUGGAAGGCAGAUGAAAGGCCGUCUGGACCGGCCCAUCUGCACCGGCCCGUCUGCACCGGCCCGUCUGCACCGGCCCAUCUGCACCGGACCGUCUGCACCGGCCCAUCUAUUUUCCUCUGGAAUCUGUGCCUCAGCCUCUUCCAUGGCCCUGUGGGAGAUCAGCCCCACCACGGCGCUCUACUGCCCCCUGGUGGAAGAUUGGAGUUGA